AUGAGCGUACUUUUGGAAACGUCGCUCGGCGAUGUUGUCAUUGACCUCCUGGUGGAUGAUUCGCCUAAGGCAUGUGAAAACUUUCUGAAGCUAUGCAAAGUCAAAUAUUACAAUUUCUCGCCGGUGCAUAGCGUACAGAAGAAUUUCACUUUUCAGACCGGUGAUCCUCUCGGACCUGAUUCCCCAGAAAGCGAUGGUGGUUCGUCGAUAUGGGGUCUAUUGGAAGGACCCGCGAAAAGAACAUUCCCCCUCGAGCUCUCGCCGAAAAUGAAGCACACAGAACGAGGGACCGUGAGCAUGGCCACGGUCCCUUCAUCCCACGAUCCCGACCAGCGUCUCGCUGCCAGUCAGUUCAUCAUCACACUCGGGGACAACCUAGACUACUUGGAUGGAAAAGCGGCAAUUUUCGGCAAGGUCGUCGAGGGCUUCGAUGUCCUUGAAAAGAUCAACGAUUCAUUCAUCGACGACAAGGGCCGUCCACUGAAAGAUAUCCGUAUUCGCCAUACUGUUAUUCUUGACGAUCCUUUCGAUGACCCGCCGAACCUCGUGGUGCCAGCGGAAAGCCCAUUACCCUCAAAAGCCCAGUUGGCAACUGUGAGAAUCGCGGAUGACGAGGAUCUCGAUGAUAACAUGGAUGAGGAAGCUAUGGAGAGGUUGAGGCGGGAGCGCGAGGCCAGAGCGCAGGCAUUGACACUUGAAAUGGUUGGUGACCUUCCAUUCGCAGAGGUCAAACCGCCAGAGAAUGUGCUCUUUGUCUGCAAGCUGAAUCCCGUUACGCAAGAUGAGGAUCUCCAGUUGAUUUUCAGCCGGUUCGGGCAAAUUCUUUCUUGUGAGGUCAUCAGAGACAAGCGAACUGGUGACAGUCUGCAAUAUGCUUUUAUCGAAUUCGAGAAUCAGAAGGAUUGCGAACAGGCCUAUUUCAAGAUGCAGGGAGUUUUAAUCGACGAUCACCGGAUACACGUCGAUUUCUCGCAGAGUGUAUCGAAAUUGUCGGAAAGCUGGCGGAAUGCCACCAUAUCCAAACGCAGCGGUCAGCGAGGCGGAUUUGGUGGCGUGGCCGAGCUUGAGAAGAAACGACAGUAUAGGGCGACUGAUAACGCUCGUCAGCGGGAUGACUAUGGUAUGGUGUUCGACAAAGGGGGGCCUAAGCGACGACCCGCAUCUCGAGAACCGCAGUACAGCCAAAGUCCUGAAAGGGGCUCCCGCCGAGACCGACGGCCCAGUCGAAGCCCAAGACGCGAUUCCCAUCGCAACCGAUAUCGGGAUAGGUCCAGCAGUCGGAGCCCUAGACGGGGAGACUCUUAUCGUGACAAAAAUCGGGAUAGGCACUACGAUAACGAGCGACGUAAUCGUCGCGACGAUGUUCGAUAUCGAGAAAGCCGACGUUAG